CAGAGAGAGAUAAAAUAAAAAAAAAAUACAUAAUUGGAUUAUAAAAUAUUAGAUAGUACUGUCUACCACUAUAGCUCAACCUCACUCUCUUCGUCUUCUUCUUCUUAGCGUUGACACAGAAGCACACACUUAGGGUUCUUGCUCUUCACAGGUUAGGAUCUGGUAAUGGAUACAUUUGAAAAAGAUGGAAAUGGUACAACAGAAUCUUUGCCACCUCCUCCACCUGUUCCCGCAGACGUUGUUCCGAUGCGAGCAGAAGCAGAUAAUGCUCCUGAACCAGUUAAGAAUAAGGCUGUGCGUGUCCCAAUGGCUAGGCGUGGUGUGGGAUCCAAGGGACAAAAAAUUCCGAUCCUAACUAAUCACUUCAAAGUGAAUGUAACCAAUGUUGAUGGGCACUUCUUCCACUAUAGUGUUUCAGUUUCUUAUGAAGAUGGCCGUCCAGUUGAUGGCAAAGGUGCUGGAAGAAGAGUGAUUGAAAGAGUUCAUGAGACUUAUGACACGGAGCUGGCAGGAAAGGACUUCGCUUAUGAUGGUGAGAAGAGCUUGUUCACCAUCGGUCCUCUUCCUCGGAACAAACUUGAAUUCACUGUUGUGCUUGAGGAUGUUUCAUCAAAUAGAAAUAAUGGAAAUCGCAGCCCCGGAAGUCCAAAUGGAAAUGAUCGAAAGAGACAACGAAGGCCAUACCAAUCUAAAACUUUUAAGGUGGAAAUUAGCUUUGCAGCUAAAAUUCCUAUGCAGGCCAUUGCAAAUGCAUUGCGUGGUCAUGAGUCGGAGAACUCUCAGGAAGCCCUAAGAGUUCUGGAUAUUAUUCUGAGACAGCAUGCUGCAAAACAGGGUUGCCUCCUUGUUCGUCAAUCUUUCUUUCACAACGACCCGAGGAACUUUGCAGAUGUGGGGGGUGGUGUACUUGGCUGCAGGGGAUUCCAUUCUAGUUUCCGAACUACCCAGGGUGGCUUGUCUCUGAACAUAGAUGUAUCUACCACCAUGAUUAUCCAGCCCGGGCCAGUUGUGGAUUUUCUGAUUGCAAACCAAAAUGUAAAAGAUCCCUUUUCAAUUGACUGGGCGAAGGCCAAACGUACGCUAAAGAAUUUGAGGAUAAAGACAAGUCCCUCAAAUUCUGAGUGCAAAAUAACUGGAUUGAGUGAGAAGCCCUGCAAAGAGCAAAUGUUUUCUUUAAAGCAAAAGGGAAAGGAUGAUGAUGGCGAAGUUCAAACACUUGAAGUGACUGUCUAUGAUUAUUUUGUGAAUUACCGCAACAUAGAGUUGCGUUAUUCUGCUGAUCUGCCAUGCAUUAAUGUUGGGAAGCCAAAGCGCCCUACUUACUUCCCUCUUGAGCUUUGUUCCUUGGUGUCAUUACAACGCUAUACAAAAGCACUGUCAACUUUUCAAAGAGCUUCACUAGUGGAGAAAUCAAGACAAAAGCCACAAGAAAGGAUGAAAGUAUUGACUGAUGCUCUUAAAAUCAACAAUUAUGAUGCUGAGCCUAUGCUGCGGUCUUGUGGAAUUUCAAUCAGUAGUAACUUCACCCAAGUUGAAGGCCGAGUGCUCCCAGCUCCAAGGUUGAAAGUGGGAAAUGGAGAAGACUUCUUUCCUCGAAAUGGCCGGUGGAAUUUUAAUAAUAAGAAACUAGUGGACCCAACAAAGAUAGAGCGCUGGGCUGUUGUAAACUUUUCGGCUCGGUGCGACGUACGUGGCCUUGUUAGAGAUAUGAUCAAAUGUGGAGACAUGAAAGGAAUUCAUGUCGAACCUCCAUUUGAUGUAUUUGAAGAGAAUGCUCAAAAUCGACGGGCCCCACCUCUGGUUAGGGUGGAAAAGAUGUUUGAACAGAUACAAUCCAAACUUCCAGGGGCUCCUCAAUUUCUUCUUUGUCUUCUUCCGGAGCGGAAGAACUCUGAUCUUUAUGGUCCAUGGAAGAAAAAGAAUCUUGCUGAUUUUGGAAUUGUAACUCAAUGCAUUGCACCAACAAGAGUCAAUGACCAAUAUUUGACAAACGUUCUCCUCAAGAUCAAUGCAAAGCUGGGUGGGUUGAACUCAAUGUUAGCUGUUGAACAUGCUCCUUCUAUUCCCUUGGUAUCCAAGGUUCCCACCCUAAUUCUUGGUAUGGAUGUCUCACAUGGCUCUCCUGGCCAGUCUGAUAUACCAUCAAUUGCUGCGGUAGUGAGCUCGAGGCACUGGCCUCUGAUUUCACGAUAUAGGGCAUCAGUCCGCACACAGUCCCCCAAGGUUGAGAUGAUAGAUUCCUUGUAUAAGCGUGUUUCUGACACCGAAGAUGAAGGCAUAUUUAGGGAGCUUUUACUGGAUUUCUAUGUUAGUUCGGGGAAAAGGAAGCCUGAUCAAAUUAUCUUAUUCAGGGAUGGAGUGAGUGAAUCACAGUUCAAUCAAGUUCUAAACAUCGAACUCGAUCAAAUUAUCGAGUCCUGCAAGUUCCUUGAUGAGAAGUGGUCGCCCAAGUUUGUCGUGAUUGUUGCGCAGAAAAAUCACCAUACAAAAUUUUUCCAGCCAGGAUCUCCUGACAAUGUUCCCCCAGGGACAGUGAUAGACAACAAAGUUUGUCAUCCACGGAACAAUGAUUUUUACAUGUGUGCACAUGCUGGAAUGAUUGGGACUACAAGGCCAACACAUUACCACGUCCUGUUAGAUGAGGUUGGCUUUUCAGCUGAUGACCUCCAGGAACUUGUGCAUUCCCUGUCAUACGUGUACCAGAGAAGCACUACUGCAAUUUCUGUAGUCGCUCCAAUAUGUUAUGCCCACUUGGCUGCCACUCAGAUGGGGCAGUUUAUGAAAUUUGAGGACAUGUCAGAAACUUCCUCAAGCCACGGUGGAGUGACAUCUGCUGGAGCUGUUCCUGUCCCUCAGUUGCCCCGAUUGCAAGAGAAUGUGUGCAAUUCCAUGUUCUUCUGUUAAGGCUUGAAAGCCCCAUAAGCUUUUCUCUCCUUGUGUAAAAACGGUAGGUUAGAUGUAUGGUUGUAUAUAGUAAGUAUCUGGCUUGUUGUGUGACUUUUGACCCAAGCAGUAACUUGGAUCCUUUUAGUUUAUUUGGUGUGACUGUCCUCUUGACUCAAAACAGCACUUGGAUCCUGUUUGUUUCCAUGGUGUAUCAGUACUCCGUUUCUGUUUUGACACCAUGGUUUGUUUAUGUUCUGGCUAUGCCUGCUUUGCUCCUUUGUUGCUUGGUUGCAAAUUUA